AUGGCCACGGCCACCCCACCGAACAAUGCUGUCCCUCCGCCUCUCCCCGGACAUAAGAGGCGGAUUGCCGUAUUAACGAGCGGGGGUGACGCUCCUGGUAUGAACGGAGCGGUGAGAGCCGUCGUACGAAUGGCCAUCGCGAAAGGCUGUGAAGCUUUCUGCGUCUACGAGGGCUACGAGGGCCUCGUUCAAGGCAACGAAGGCAAGGAUCCCAAACAUCACAUGAUCAAAAGGGCGGAAUGGGACGAUGUGCGAGGCUAUCUGUCAGAAGGUGGCACUUUGAUUGGCUCCGCACGCUGUGCAUCGUUCCGGGAGCGAUGGGGCCGCUUGAAGGCGGCGAAGAAUAUGGUCAUAGAGGGCAUCGAUGCUUUGGUUGUUUGCGGUGGCGAUGGUAGCUUGACAGGCGCGGACCUGUUCAGAAAGGAGUGGUCGGGCCUGCUGGAGGAACUCGUGUCGAAGGGCGAGUUGACGGCGGAGCAAAUCAAACCGUUCGCUACGCUGAACAUCGUGGGCCUCGUUGGCUCAAUUGACAACGACAUGUCUUCCACAGACGCCACAAUUGGAUGCUACUCCUCCCUACACAGGAUCUGCGAGUCCGUCGACUCCAUCAACGACACCGCACAGUCGCAUCAGCGCGCGUUCAUCAUCGAGGUAAUGGGUAGACAUUGUGGAUGGUUAGCCCUGAUGGCUGCCAUCGCCACUGGCGCUGAUUUCCUAUUCAUUCCUGAGCAUCCGCCAGAGGAAGAUUGGAAGAAGCAGAUUGGUCAAGUCGUUAUGAAGCACAGAGCCAUGGGCAAGCGAACCACGAUCGUCAUCAUCGCGGAAGGGGCCAUCGACCGAGAUCUAAAGAAAAUCACCCCCAGCGAGGUCAAGGACCUGUUGAGCAACGGUCUGAAGCUUGAUACCCGGGUUACGACGCUGGGUCACGUCCAGCGUGGUGGCUCGCCUUGUGCGUAUGAUCGAAUGCUGAGCACGCUCCAGGGUGCUGAAGCAGUCAACGCCGUGCUAGAGGCCACUCCCGAGACACCCAGUCCGGUCAUUUCAAUCAUCGAAAACAAGAUUGUGCGAAAGCCAUUGCUGGAAGCCGUUAAGCUGACGCAAGAUGUUGCCAAGGCAAUCGAAGCAAAGAACUUCCCUGAGGCAAUGAAACUGAGGGAUUCGGAGUUCGGUGAAUACUACCGCGGCUACCUGCUCACCACAUCACUCAACCAGGAGAACCUGUUGCUACCCGAGAACCAGCGGAUGAGGGUGGGUAUCAUCCAUGUCGGCGCGCCUGCCGGUGGCAUGAAUGCUGCUACACGAGCCGCGAUUGCUUACUGCUUUGCGAAGGGUCAUACUCCUGUGACCCUGCACAACAGCUUCACUGGUCUGGUACGGCAUCAUAGUGAUGAGCCUCUUGGAUCAGUCCGUGACGUCACAUGGGUUGACGCUGAAGCGUGGUGCAGCAGAGGUGGAUCUGAGCUUGGAACGAAUCGCACUCUACCUUCAAAGGCAGCCUACAAUGAAGAGGAUGGCAUUCCAACCAUCGCCCAGGUAUUCAAGGAUAAGAACAUCAAUGCGCUGUUCAUCGUGGGCGGCUUCGAGGCCUUUGCGUCGAUGAACGAGCUACGAAAGGCGCGUGAAAAGUACGAUUCACUAAAGAUUCCCAUGGUGCUACUUCCCGCAACAGUCAGCAACAAUGUCCCUGGCACCGAGUACUCGCUUGGAAGCGACACUUGUCUGAACGCACUCAUCGAAUACUGCGACACAUGCAGACAGUCCGCGUCCUCGUCAAGGCGGCGGGUCUUCGUCAUUGAGACCCAAGGCGGUGAGUCGGGAUACAUCGCCACUGUAGCUGGUCUCUCCAUCGGUGCUCUUGCCGUGUACACGCCGGAAGAAGGUGUCACGAUCAAGAUGCUGGAUAAGGACAUCGACUUUCUGCGCGAAAUCUUCUCAAAGGACCGCGGCCAGUCGCGUGCAGGCAAAAUCAUUCUCAACAACGAGAAGGCGUCCAGUGUCUACACUACGGACAUUAUCGCACGAAUCAUCGCCGCCGAGGCCAAGGGCCGCUUCGAGGCACGAGUCGGUAUUCCAGGUCACUUCCAGCAGGGCAAGGCGCCAUCACCAAUGGACCGAGUACGCGCUCUGCGAUUCGGGAUCAAGUCGCUGCAGCAUCUGGAAUCAUUUGCUGGAAAGAGCGCUGAUGAGAUAGCCAAUGAUCCGAUGAGUUGUGCUGUGAUCGGCAUCCGUGGCGCGAGAGUUAGGUUUACGGACGUCGUCAAGAUCGAGACUGAGGAGACGGACUGGAAGCACCGCCGACCAAAGCAUGAGCAUUGGAUGGGGCUGAAGCAGUUGGUUGAUAUGCUGAGUGGACGGCCAAAGACGGACAAGGUGCCCCAGGUACCAGCAACUGUGCCUGUUUAG